UUUGUUUUGACUUAUAAAUUAUUUUUCUAAAAAGUAGCUUAUAGAAAAGUAAUUUUGAUAUUUUGCAAAAUAAGUACGCAGAUGCAAAUGUUCUUGCAGUUGAAUCAGCAGCAAAAUAGUCUCCAAUGGCAGUCAACCCCCUUUUGGCCCUUCUCUCAGGACACAAAUCUAGUGUAAAUGAAUUAAUUUGAAUAAACUUUUGAGUUAAAAUUUAAAAUGGCGUCGGCGUGGGAGCAUUUCGGGGAGGUUGCAAAUGUUGUACAGUUGACUGGGCUAAAUGCAGUAGCCCUAGUAUCAUUGAUUGUGAAGGCAGCAAACAGAGCCCGGAUGCACAAGCAGAAUUGCCAAAAAUUUGCGCUGCAUGUGAAAAUGAUUGGGAAUUUGCUGGAGCAGCUUAAGAUUUCUGAGCUUAAAAAAUACCCAGAAACAAGGGAGCCAUUGGAGAUGCUUGAGGAUGCACUGAGGAGAGCUUACGUGCUUGUAAAUAGUUGUCAAGAAAGAAGCUAUCUGUAUCUGAUUGCAAUGGGUUGGAAUAUUGUGUACCAAUUCAGGAGAGCCCAAGAAGAGAUUGAUCGGUAUUUGAGGAUAAUUCCCCUCAUUGCACUCCUUGAUAAUGCCCGGGUUAAGGAAAGGCUUGAAGAAAUUCAGAAAGAUCAACGUGAAUACACAUAUGAUGAAGAAGACAGAAAAGUGCAAAAUGCUAUUUUGAACCCACAACCUUCAGAAGAUGACACAAUAAUAUUGAAGAAAAGUCUGUCCUGUACUUAUCCAAAAUUACCUUUUGAUACAGCACUUCGCAAGGAAAAUGAAAAGCUCAAGCUAGAGCUACAACGAUCACAGGCUCAUUUGGAUGUGGCUCAAUGCGAAGUAAUUCAACAGUUGAUUGAAGUUACAGAAAAAACAGCAGAUCCCCCAUCAGAGUAUGCUUCACCAGUUAAAAGUUCCCAGAAAUUGGAGUUGGGUAAGGCAAAGAAACCUUUUGAGAAGAACACUGAAAAGGUUCAUCGUCAAACUAGCUCAAGGAGGGGGGCGUCAACUGUGGAAUCAAAUUUGCAAGAGGAAUGGCAUGCAGAUCUGCUCGGCUGUUGUGCUGAACCUUACUUGUGUGUGAAGACCUUCCUUUGCCCUUGUAAAGCAUUUUCUAAAAUUUCAUCAGUUGCAACUGGAAAGCAAAUGUCAUCGGCUGAAGUUUGUAAUGAAAUAAUGGCCUAUUCCCUGAUACUGGCAUGUUGUUGCUAUACUUGCUGUGUCAGAAGAAAACUCCGCCGGACAUUUAACAUCAAGGGUGGCCUAUUUGACGAUUUCUUGUCACAUUUCAUGUGCUGCUGCUGUGCACUAGUUCAAGAAUUGCGUGAAGUUGAGAUUCGUGGAGCCUACGGAACACAGAACACGAGAACCAGCCCCCCUCCUUGUCAACACAUGGAGUCUUAAUCAAAUGCUGAACCUGAUGCGCACUGUUUAUAUACUAGUUCAUUAGUAUUGACUGUCAGCUUUAUUUUACAGUCUAAGCUUAACCUCUCUAGAUUAAGCUGGCGAUCAGAAGAUGUACAGAAUUUACUUGGGCUCUUUUAUGUUACAUGGUUUUCAUUCA